AUGUCACCAAUUACAGGCGUUUGUAUUUAUACCACUGAUGCAUUUUAUGUUUAUACUGUAUUUUUCCUCGGUAUUAUUCUCAGUGGUAUACCUAUUUUAAUAACGAUGACAUUUGGAAUCUUAGCUUAUCGAAACAUAAGAAAAACAAUUAUUCUCACGCGUCUACGUAUUGACCGACAAUUGACAAUGAUAAUUUUCAUUCAAGUUUUGCUUACCUUAAUAGGUCUUAGUCCAUAUGUUAUUUACAAUGCUUAUGCAAUUAUUACGAUGAAUAAUGAAAAGAGUGCUGAUCGAAAAGCCAAGGAGGCAUUGGCUUCUAACAUUACUUAUCUUUUUGGUUCAGUUGCCUAUGCAGGACGAUUCUAUCUUUUCAUGUUUUCAUCACCUCGUUUUCGUCGUACAGUGAAAGAUCAAAUCUUAUGGUGGCGACGACCACAACGCAUUGUUCCUUUGGCAAGAUGA